GGGAUUUUCUUAGUAGUACGCAUUGGUAACACCAAAGAAAAGCGAGAUUUCCAAAACACUUGGCGGAUUAUAAUUAAUAAUGUUUUUAAAUGACAUUGGGCAGCCUUUAAUUCUUCAGAGAGGGAAAAAGUAUGGCAUAUUCGAUGAGCACAGUGGAGCCUUGCUCUUAUCAACAGCCGCCUUCAACGAUCCCGUACUUCCCCAAAAGUUGUGCAAAUAUGUUGUAGGAUCUGAGCAGGAAAUCCUACGGCUAUUUAUUUCCAGCUUUCCAGAGAAGUGCACAUCCAAAACCCUCAAGCCAAAUGAACCCACUCAAAUAGUGUACAAUGGAACCGAGAUCACUAUCACGUUGAUACCAGCGGGAAAGAACGAAAAUGGCUUGGAGUCACGCCUGUUCUACAUAGAUAAUGGCCAGGCAAGAUAUUUGAUUGUGGACCGCCUGUCCGGCUACUUGGACUUUUUGCCCAAGGCCCAUGGAUCGUUUCACAGUGGCCUCGGUCAGGGUAUUGAUGUUAUUUACAUAGACGAAGAUCUCCUGAGCGAAACCGAUCUGAACGAGGAUCUCUACAGUCUGGUGCACCUGAUAAAACCGAAGUUCAUCUAUGGGUUGCGGCAGGGGAAACUGCCCAAGUGGCUGCUCGAUCUGCGGCAGAUUUAAGAUGAAUGCAGAAAGUAAAA